AUGCCGCUUUCACACUGUCGCGAUAACGUGCCCGCCGACCAGCUCGGGAUCUUAUAUAACGCGGCGCCUCCAAAUCGUCGCUUUCAGUCUCCGCCGGGACAGCCUCGUUCUCUAACGUUCGUUUGCCAGCUGCUCGAUCAGGGGGAACCGCGCCGCGAUGUCAUCGAAUAACACGAUCAUGGAUUCGGACUGCAUGACACUGACCAGAUUCGUGCUGGCGGAGCAGCGCAAGGUGCCAACGGCGACCGGCGAUCUCACGCAGCUGUUGAAUAGCAUACAGACCGCCGUAAAGGCUGUCAGCUCGGCCGUGAGGAAGGCCGGUAUCGCUAAUAUGUACGGCAUCGCUGGCAACACCAAUAUUCAGGGCGAGGAAGUCAAGAAGCUGGACGUUCUGAGCAACGAGCUCUUCAUCAACAUGCUAACGUCCUCCUUCACCACGUGCGUGCUCGUGAGCGAGGAGAACCAGCAUGCCAUCGAGGUGGAAACGGAGAAGAGCGGCAAAUAUGUCGUGUCUUUCGACCCGCUCGACGGCUCGUCCAACAUCGACUGCCUGGUCUCGGUGGGCUCGAUCUUUGGAAUUUACAAAAAACGAUCCGGGGAAUCCACGCUGCAGGCCGCGCUGCAACCGGGACGGAACUUGGUCGCGGCCGGCUACGCUCUGUACGGCUCGGCGACUAUGAUCGUGCUCUCGAUCGGCCACGGUGUCAAUGGAUUCACGUACGAUCCGGCCAUCGGGGAAUUUAUACUGACCGAGAAGAACAUGCGUAUGCCCGACAGAGGCAAUAUAUAUAGUAUUAAUGAAGGCAACGAGAGCACGUGGGACUCGUCUAUUAAGGAAUAUAUACAUUCCAAGAAGUAUCCCGCAGCCGGGAAGCCCUACAGUGCCAGAUACGUGGGCUCCAUGGUCGCCGACGUACACAGAACAAUUAAGUACGGCGGUAUCUUCUUAUAUCCCGCGAGCAAGAGCAAUCCCAACGGCAAGCUACGACUUCUGUACGAGUGCAUACCGAUGGCUUUCAUAGUCGAGAAAGCCGGCGGUCUGGCGACAAACGGGAAAAUUGACAUUCUAGACAUCGUGCCGGAAAACAUUCAUCAGAGAUCGCCCAUUUUCUUGGGCUCCAAAGACGACGUCAACGACGUAAUGGCGUUUAUAAAAAAAUAAGGCCGAGCGAUGAGAACGAAGAAUCUCUUCCAAGUACCUACACACACUCGAGCGUCCACACAUCUUUUCUACAAUGGAUUGUUAUUUUACAUUUUACGCAAUAAAUUUAAUUUUUUAUUGAA